CAAGAAAAGUCAACAUUUUUGACAGAUUGAGGAAAGCAUUUUUCGUAAAUUUUCCUUCUCAAAAAACAGUUUAACAGCUUAACAAGUUUAUUUUAAAUAUAUGUUAAGUUUUUAAUACUACAAAAUGCAGGUGCCACCGGUAUUUAUAGAUAUCGCUAUAGAAGAUCAGGCCCAAGAAUUACGAGCCUACUUAAAAAGUUUAGGCGCUGAAAUAUCUGAAGAACGGUCACCGAAAGGUAUAGAAGAUGAUCUUCAUAAAAUAAUUGGCGUAUGUGACACUUGUUUCAAGGAAGGAAACGAAGCCGAAGUUGAAAUGGUUCUUAAUGACAUAGUUUCCAUAAUGGUUCUUGUUCCAACAGAAAGAGCUGAAAAUAUAAUUUUAGCAUUUUGUGAAAAAUUGACCAAAGGGCAGGGACAAAAACUGGGACAGGUUUGUUUAAAAGCUUUGUGGCUGUUAUACCAAUCUUUGGAUGAGAGAUCGCCAAUGAGAUAUCCUGUUUAUUAUCACUUGUUACAAAUUGCUAAGCAGACAGACCAGAUAAAAGCAAUUUUCCAGAACGUCGAUCAUUUAAAGCAACAAUUUAGUCAUUGUCCUUUGUCAAAUGAAGAACUGCAAAAACUAUAUAGACUUUUACAUGAAGUUCUCCUAAAGAGCAAUCAAAGUGAACAAGCAGCUAAAGUAAUGAUUGAACUCCUUGGAACUUACACAGAUAAAACUGCUUCUCAUGCACGGGAGGAUGCUAUUCGAUGCAUAACUACAGCAAUAGCUGAUCCAAACACCUUCCUACUAGAUCCACUAUUGUCUCUAAAACCUGUGCAUAUACUGAAGGGUCAACUUAUUCACGAUUUGUUAAAUAUAUUUGUCAGUGAAAAUUUAACUGCCUAUCUUACUUUUUACAAAGAACACAAAGAAUUUGUUACUAAUCAGGGUUUAGAUCAUGAUCAAAACAUGCGCAAGAUGCGUCUACUUAGUUUUAUGCAGUUGGCAGAAAGUAAUCCCGAAAUUUCAUUUGAUGUUAUUGCACAUGAAUUACAAAUCAAAAAAGAAGAAGUGGAGCCAUUUAUUAUUGAAGUGUUGAAAACAAAAUUAGUAAGUGCUCGUAUGGAUCAACUAGCUAAAAAAGUUUUCGUUUCGAGCACAAUGCAUAGAACAUUUGGACGUGCCCAGUGGCAACAAUUAAGAGAUCUUUUAUUUUCCUGGAAAACAAAUCUAAGUGUUGUUCAGGAGGGUAUGAAAACUGUAACUGCAGCACAAAUUGAAAUUCUUCAACAGCAGUCAUAAUUGUAGUUCUUGGACAAUUAUUAUUGUUAUAUAAGAAUCAAUAAAUACAUAAGCUCUAAUUAAA